AUGCCACCUAAAAAAGGUGAUGCAAAAUCAGCUGCCAAGAAAGGCAAGUCAGAGGAGCCAAAGAAAGGAGGAAAGGUUGAUAAGAAGGGAGGGAAAGAUGACAAUAAAGGGGGAAAGAAACCGGAGGAGCCACCAGCUAAGGGGAAAGGGAAGGAUGAUGGAAAAAAGGGAAAGGGAAAGAAACCGGUCAGCGAGUCAGAGGAGGGGUCAGAGGAAGAAGAAGAGGAGAUGAAGACUGAGGAAGAAAACAGUGAUGACAGUGAGAAAGAGGUAGUUACCAAGAAGGAUAAAGGGAAAGGGAAAGGAAAAGCAGCUCUGAAAGGUGCCUCCAAGGCCAUUGCUGUAAAGGGAUUUAAGCCUCCUAAACACUUACCUCCGUCUGAUGAUGAUGAGGAAGAGGAUGAACAGACGGGAAAGGCACCGAUCAAUAAAGGGAUGGGUGCAGUAAACCUGAAGAAGAUGAGUGAUGUCAACAUCAAAGGAGCCUCCAGGGCCAUGAUGGGCUUUGCUGCAGAGGGACAGAAGAAGGGUGCAAGUGCAGCAAAAGCACAAAAGACACCAGUUCUUAGUUCUAACCUCAAAGGAGCCUCCAAAGCCCUCACAGGCCUUACAGGGAAAUCCUCUCCUUUUAGCAUGCCCUCUAAACAGCAGGCAGAGAAACCAAAAUCAAAGAGAAACCUCAAAAGCACCUCCCGUCUCUUCCUACGACUCUCCAAGAAAAAGAAGCCCCCUGCUGGUAGUAAACCACUACUGGGAGCCAGCAAGCUUUUUUCUGGGUUUGGGGGUAUGUCAUCUUCCGCUGACAAAAAGCCUGGUCUGUCAGGCUUCAGCUUGUUUAAUAAAAAGAAUGAUGCUCCAAAAGAAACCGCACCACCUAAAAAGACAUUUAAUUUAUCUGGCUUAGGGGGCCAGGGGAAAAUGGCAGCAGAGGCAAAGGGACUGGGAGGGAAGUUCAAAGGCAUGUUUGGGAAAAAGAAAGCAGGAUCAGGGUUUCAGUCUAAAAGCCGGGUGUUAGGAAAGAUGGCUGCAGUAUCUAACUGGUUGACAGGGAGGUUCCUGACUGCUAAGGGCCAAGGUCGGCUAGGGGAACAAGCAGGAGGACGGGCACGAAAGAGUCUGUCAUUUGCUAACAGAGACACAAGAGGGAGACAGACUCAUUAUUACAAUGAGGGCUAUGAGUAUGAUGAUGAGUAUGGAUAUGAGGAAGAUUACCACGACAGGAGGAGACCUAAUGGCUACCUGAGACAACCUAUGACCUAUGACCCAUAUGACCCUUAUGGAGAUGAACUGGAUUACUACGAUGAUGAAGAUGAUGAGUGGGAAGAUGAAUAUGGUUACUAUGAUGACGAAGGCAACUUUUAUUAUGAUGAUGAGUUAUACUACGAGGAUGAUGUGGAUUACUACAGUUACCCUUAUGGCUAUGAUGAGUAUGACAAUUACUAUGGCGAUGAAGAGAUGGAGUAUUACUAUGGUGAAGAUGGAAUGCUGUAUGAAGUGGAGCCAGAGCCAUAUGGUUACUAUGGUAAUGCCAUGGAUGAUUUCUAUGACCCACAUGACCCUGAGCUGUAUGGAGAUUACUUUGACCACAAUAUGGGUUAUAACUAUGGGAUGUCUGACCCAUAUGGCAUGAUGAGUGGUGGUUAUGAUGUUGUUUCCGGCCUAUAUGAUGACCCAAUGCUGGGAUAUACAGACCCUGCUGCUAUGUAUAACCCCUAUCAGCAACCUUUCUAUAUGGAAUCUGGGCUAGAUCCAGCUGAGACAGGACAGCUAUAUGGACAGGAGCAGCUGUCUUACCCUCUUGCUGAGCCAUUUUCAGCAGAACAGUUCAGGGUCCCCAGGCCCCAGGAGAGGACUCAGUCACCGGGCCUCAAUGGCAGGCCAAAUGCAGGCUUCCCAAAGGGGGAGGCCACCCAGCCCACCUGCUUCUUCAUCACACCAGAGGAGAGGGAUAUCACCAGUCGCCCCCUUCCCACCCGGUCCUCUACUCGCAGGUUGAGAGGUGGUGCUGGAGGCCGAAAUCAUGUGCCCAUGGGGGCCGUGAAACCCUACCCAGCUAAUCCCUACUCCCAGAGAAGCAGUAGACAUGGACCCCCUGUCACUCAGCAUGUAGCCCCAUUCAGGUCCUCUAUCUAUAGUGGCCCAACACCUCCCUCAGGACAGAUAGGGGGUGUAGCUGGAACACCCAUGUUAGCCAGGUCAGGCUCCCGGCCUACAGGAUUAAGGGAGUCAAAGCGAAUUGGUACUCCCCAAAGAGGCUUCCACAGACCUGGCUAUGAGUCCCCAGAGUCCAAGGCCAACAUCUUUUCAACCUCCAGUAUAUCACCCCAGUCUUCCUGGUACUCUCCAACCAUCUCAAACCAUUACCCAUAUGAAGUCUACCCCCAAAACCCCCCUCAACCUGCACCCUCAUCACCUUAUCUUGGGCGUGCACUCCAGAACCCUUAUCUGCAGAAUGCCAGCUACACAACUACUUUACAGAGAAGCCCGUGCCCCAUACCUGGUGGCCAGGGUGACAUAUCGGCUGAUGUUCAUUUAAGUCAGGAGGGGAGCCCAUAUGCCACUCCUGGUCUAUCUAAUGCUUUGAUGCAGAACUCCCACCUGCGCAGCGCCUCCUACACAUCUCCUCUACAACGCAAUGCCAAUGUCUAUACAACUGUCCUCUCAUCCCCACAGGCAGCAGCCCCUUCUGUCCCCUCUGUACCCUCCUCCCCACACUUGUCUUCUGCUAUGCUUACCUCCCAGCUACGUAAUGCUUCCUUUGUCUCACCCCUUCAGCGACACCUCUCCCCUGCUUCUCCCGCCCCUCCUCCCACCACACCUCAACAAGUUACUGUAAGAGGUCCCUCUUCAUUUCUCUCUGGUGGACUGCGGACCUCUCAAAUCCAGGGAUCCAUGUUAAGACUUCCAGGUGGCACUUUGACAAUGUCCGGGAGACCUGUUCAGUCUCCGGUUACCACUGGUGGUGGUGGUGGGAGGCUGUCCCCUUCUAUGCUCUCUAAUGCCCUGCAGAACCCAAGCCUACGUCAGGCCACCUAUCAAUUACCUGAUGGCUCAUUGGUCACCAGAACGGAACCUGCUGAACCUUCCCAACGCCCAUCACCCCUCUCAUCCUCUAUGCUGUCCUCUGCCUUGCUCAAUCCCAGUUUGCGUCAGGCCACAUAUCGUUUGCCUGAUGGCACUCUUGUAACCAGGACAGAGCCCACACCUGUACACUCCCUUUCCUCACCUAUGCUGUCCUCUGCACUGUUGAACCCCAAUGUAUGUAAAGCCACAUAUAGGCUGCCAGAUGGAACUUUUAUUACAAGAAACGAGCCAGCACCUGAGCAUGUCACCCCUUCAUCUUCUAUGCUUUCCUCUGCUCUUCUCAAUGCUAAUGUUCGUAAGGCUUCUUAUCGAUUACCAGAUGGUUCAAUUCUAACUCAUCCGGUAGAGGAGACACAGAAUGCUGUGAGCGCAGUAUCAUCACCUGGGUUAUCAAGCGCCCUGAUGAAUGCUAACUUGCGUAAGGCCAAGUUUCAACUCCCAGAUGGAUCAUCAUUGUUUUCACGGAACCAAACCCAAGCAUCCACCUCUGCCUCCUCUGGUCCUAACCUUUCUGGUGCAAUGUUAAACACCAACCUCCGAGGUGCCUCCUACAGACUCCCCAGCACAUCACUUUUGAGGCAGCCUGGUUCUGCUGAUACCUCUGAGUCACGUUCCCUUGACCUCUCCAAUGCUCUCCGCAACCAGAACAUCCGUUCGGCCACUUACCGUCUGCCUGACGGAACUCUGAUGACCCACUCUCAGCCCACUACAGCCCCUCGAACACUUGACCUGUCUAAUGCUUUAUCGAAGAACCCAAACCUUCGUGGGGCAAAUUACCGUCUCCCCGGUAAUAUAAUGACACGGCUUGGUGCACCUAGCACCCCAGAACCUCGCUCACUUAAUCUCUCUGGUGCCCUGCAGAACUCUCAUCUCCGGGGGGCCUCUUUCCGUCUACCCUCAUAUGCUGUAGUGUCACCCCAGGUCCAGGGAUCCGGCCAUGAACAGCACUGGGCACAGGGCCCUGGAGUUGAAGGCUUAGGACUGCAGCAAGACGUGGAUGUGUGGGGUGCAGAGAGGGUUCUACCUCACGGCACAGUUCAGAAUCUCAAUAAGUGGUCCAUGUAUAGAGAUGGGGAGCUGCUGGACCCCCAAAGCCUGAUGGUACAGGGACACAUGGGGAAUGAACCAGGGGAGUGGAAUCUCAGCAGAGAGGGGGAACCACAGGGCCACUGGUUUGACAAGAUGUACUCAAUCAGAAGCCUGCCAACCAUGGCUCACCGGGAGCAACGAGAGGAAGAUGGAGUGGAAGAUAUGACACAGUUAGAGGAGAUGCAUGAAGGGUCUGUUUUGCUGAACCUGAGGAAAAGAUGGGAGAGGGAGCUUAUUUAUACGUACAUAGGUAGUAUUCUGGUGUCUGUGAAUCCCUACAAGAUGUACAACAUCUAUGGGACGGACAUGGUGCUGCUGUACAAGGGUCAUGCUCUUGGAGAGUACCCUCCGCAUUUGUUUGCCAUAGCAAACGCUGCUUAUUCCAAAAUGAUGGAUGCCAAACACAACCAGGUCAUAAUAAUCAGUGGGGAGAGCGGGUCUGGAAAAACAGAGGCUACCAAACUAGUCCUUCGCUACCUUGUAGCAAUACAUCACAAAUGCAAUCUUGCGCAGCAGAUACUUGAGGCAGCUCCUCUCCUGGAAUCUUUUGGAAAUGCCAAAACUGUACGGAACGAUAAUUCCAGUCGCUUUGGGAAAUACAUAGAGGUCUUUCUGGAGGAUGGUGUGAUCAGUGGUGCCAUAACCUCUCAGUAUCUACUGGAAAAGUCCCGUAUCGUCUUCCAGGCCAAAGAUGAGAGGAACUAUCAUAUCUUCUACGAGAUGCUGGCAGGUCUUCCCUCGCAGCAGAGGCAGGCUUUCUAUCUACAAGAGGCUGAGACCUACUAUUACCUCAACCAGGGAGGGGAUUGUGGGAUAACAGGAAAGAGUGACGCAGAGGACUUCCUGCGUCUGCUCGCUGCCAUGGAGAUCCUUCACUUCACCCCUGACGACCAGUCGGCCAUCUUUAAAGUUCUCUCUUCCAUACUGCACCUGGGCAACGUCUACUUUCAGAAAUAUGAGGCCGAUGGCCAGGAGGUGGCGUCAGUGGUGAGUGCUCAGGAGAUCAGAGUGGUGGCAGAGUUGCUGCAGAUCUCUCCGGAGGGACUACAGAAAGCCAUCACCUACAAAGUCACAGAGACAAUGAGGGACAAGAUCCACACCCCAUUGACUGUGGAAAGUGCUGUUGAUGCCAGAGAUGCUGUUGCCAAGAUCCUGUACUCGCUACUCUUCCACUGGUUAACAGAGAGGAUCAACGCUCAGGUGUACCCCCGCCAACACACCGUCUCCAUCUCAAUCCUGGACAUUUACGGAUUUGAGGAUCUGGCCUUCAACAGCUUUGAGCAGCUUUGCAUUAAUUAUGCAAACGAGUACCUGCAGUUCUUCUUCAACAGGAUCAUAUUCAGGGAAGAACAGGAGGAGUACAGCCGAGAACAGAUCCCCUGGCAGGACAUCCCAUUUAGUGACAACCAGCCCUGCAUCGACCUCAUUGCUGCUAAGCCUCAUGGGAUACUGAGGAUCCUGGACGACCAGAGCUGUUUCCCACAGGCGACAGACCACACGUUCCUCCAAAAGUGUCACUAUCACCACGGCAACAACCCACUGUAUCUGAAGCCAAAGAUGCCCCUCCCAGAGUUCACCAUCAAGCACUUUGCUGGCCGGGUCACCUACCAGGUUUACAAGUUCCUUGAUAAGAACUAUGACCAGGUCCGUCAGGAUGUCCUGGACCUGUUCAUUCAGAGCAAAAACAAGAUGGUGUCAAAUCUCUUCCUGGUUCACGCAGAGGUCACGGGUCAGCAGAGAGGUGGUCACAUGAGGAAGAGCAGCACAGUCACCAGAAAAUACCAAGCCCCCACCGUCAGCAACAAGUUCCAACAGUCCCUGCUGGAGCUGGUGGAGAAGAUGGAGAAGUGCAACCCUUAUUUUGUCCGCUGCAUUAAGCCAAAUAAUAUGAAGCAACCAGGUGUAUUUGAGGAGGACCUGGUCAGCAGCCAGCUAAGACACUCAGGGGUCCUAGAGACCAUUAGGAUCCGUAGAGAGGGGUAUCCUGUCAGAAUGCCAUUUUACAACUUCCUAUUCAGGUAUAAGUCUCUGGUGGGCAUACGAGAGCUUCCAGCAGCAAAUGGAGAGAACUGUGUGAUAAUGCUCAGUAAACUGUGUCUUCUCAGACCAGGAGCAUACCAUGUAGGAGUCACAAAGUUGUUUCUGAAGGAGGACAUCUACCAGUUGUUGGAGUGUAAGCGUGAACGCACCCGUCACCUUGCUGCUCUCACCCUGCAGCGUUACACCCGGAUGUUCUUCGUCAGGAAACGCUUUGUGGCCUUCCGCAAGAAGAUCAUCGGGCUGCAGGCACAGUGCCGAGGCUUCCUCACAAGGAAGCACUAUGUGAAAAUGAGGGAGAGUCUAGUUCGGUUCCGCUCUCUCGUCCACAUGUACGUCAGCCGCAAGCGAUACAUCAAGAGGAAGUUUGAAGCCCAGAGGAAAGCUGAAGAGGAGAGGAGGAGGAGAGAGAUGGAGCUGACCAAGAGGGAGGUGGUGAACGUCACGCACUUGGUGAUCCCUGCAGAGCUGGGCACGUUACUGCAGACAGCGGGAGUCAAGAGGGAGUUGCACUCAGACUGUCUGGCUCUGCUUCAGGCUCCUCAUAUCCAGGAAGAGGCUCAACUCACUCUGCCUCUGGACAUCAACAACUACCCGUUCUACCGCUAUGUGCAGAUCUACUUUAGGGAACCAAAGUUUGGGAUGUUGAGUGCACCUCUGGAGUACCCACUGACCCGUGUAGAGGAGGACCUGAGAGGAGAAGCUCUGGAGCUCUUCAUCCUGGUAUUACGAUUCAUGGGGGACCCUCACCUGAACGGUGCGCAGGAAAACAUGUUUGGGAAUUACAUCAUCCAAAGGGGCCUGUCUUCUCCAGGAUUACAGGACGAGAUCCUGGCUCAGGUCGUCAACCAGGUGUGGAGGAACGUUAACCCCGACAACGCUGAGAGAGGCUGGCUGCUGCUGCUGGCGUGUGUCUGCAGCUUCGCCCCGUCACCCAAAAUGGGCAAAUAUCUACUGAAGUUUGUAUCCGACCACGCCCCUGCUGGUUGCCAGGCGUUGCUGCAACACAGACUCAUCCAAGCCAAUCAGAAGACACAGCUAGGCUCAGGCUCCACCCCCGAGACGGCACGGACCUAUCCGCUGUCCCUGCUGGAAUGGACGGCCAAUAGGAAGAAGGCUAACAUGGUGUUGCAGUUGCACUGCUUUGACGGAGGCUCAUUUCUUUGUCCGGCCCAUUCCUGGACCAGUGGAGAGGAUUUAGCAGGGGACAUACUGCGCCACAGGGGAGUGUCGGACUGGUGGAAGGGGAGUUCAAUUCUGAUGAAGGAGCACGGCCAGUGGGUGGAGUUGGCGGGUCACGACUAUGUGAUGGACCUGAUCGCGGACCUGGAGCUUCCCACUGACUUCCCAAAGCAGAAGAGCUACUUCAUCAUCAGCACUGACGACCCAGCCAGAGUCCGGGCAAAUGCCAGCCUUGCUUUGUUUGGCGGUGGCUUUGAGUCCGAUGAGGAGCUUCCUCCUGCCUUUCCUCUCCGUAACAGCAGACCAGCCUACAGCCUGCCUGACUCUGACGGUUACUACAGCCACGUAGAGUCGGAUGCGUUCAGUGACAGUCAGACUCAGAGAGGAAUGGACCGCUACCUGGACAGUCUGUUUGACCCUGUGCUGUCAGACAGCAGCAUAGACAUGGAAAAAACUGGAAGUUUAUCAGCAAGGAUGAAGGGAGGAGGAGGUAUAGGCAUUACAGGAGGAGGAAGAGGAGAGGGGGAUAGUCAAACGGCCCCCAGCCGACCUUAUCCACCAGGAAUACAUCCCGGAGGAUCGGAGCAGACAGUACUGACUCAACAGCAACAGGCCAUCAUCCACCAGCAAGCCAUCAUUCUGGCCCAGCAGAUGACCAUGCAGGCCAUUGCGAUCCAGCAGCAGAUGUUGUCCUCCUUUCCCCCGGUUGCCCCGGCGCCCCAGUCACCACCCUCACAGCAUUACACACACUUGCCACAACACUCUCACAUAACCAGCCCUACCAAAGAGAGUGAAGAGUCGCUGUACCAGCCUGCUGCUGUUCAGCGAAAAAUGAGUCCAACACGUGGGCCCCCUCCUGGCGACGUGGUCCGAUCCACUACGAGUAACACGGAGCGCAUCGAUCCUAGCCACAACAUCAAAGACAUCAUCAAACAGCACCAGCCAGCUGACGCGACAACUUCUACUGGACCAGCCACGCAAAGGAAAGAUGAUGGAAAGCUGUUUGCGAAGAAGCCAGACCCGCAUGAUGAAGCUAUGGAGAUCCUUAAAGAUCAGAUUACAAACCCACCACAACCGACUCAAAGGAAGCCUCAACCCUUGCUACGUAAAGAAGAGGGAGGAGUUAAGGUUUCCAAGACAACCAAGUCUCGCCCUGCAGGGGCAAAUAGCUCCAACAUAAGCCCCGCCCCUCCUGCAGUCUCUAGAGAGUUGCCAGUAGAGGAGGAGAUCAUUCAGACUCAACUCCACAGCAGGACCAGUGAAGAAUAUUACACAUACUCCAAUGUCCCCUGGAAACUCUACAUGAGGAAAGAGGUUUUCUAUCCGAAAGAGACCUUCAACAGCCCACUGGUUCUGGACCUGAUCUUCAGACAGGUUGUGCAUGACACCCUCUCUGACGCCUGCAUCCGUAUCACCCAGGAGGAGAGACAGAAGAUGAAAGCUUUACUCGCUGAGAACAAGGUGGAUCAGCUGUCCAGAACGCACGAUGAGAACGUGAAGAAGAAAGCAGUUGCCAUGGCCAGAGACUCGUGGGAGAUAUACUUCUCCCGUCUCUUCCCAGCCUCUGGCAGUGUGGGGACAGGAGUUCAGGUGCUGUCUGUGUCUCAUAAAGGCAUCAAGCUGCUGAAGAUGGUGAGGAGCGGCUCUGCUGCUCCAGACUACUUCAGAGUGCUGAGGCCUUACAGCUACUCGGACAUCCUGUUUGUGUCGAUUCCAUCUAAGAACAUGCUAGAGUUCAACCUGACCGCCGAGAAGCUGAUCCUGUUCUCGGCCAAGGCCCCACAGGUCAAACACAUGAUCGACUACUUCCUCACAGAGCUUAAGAAGGACUCAGAGUAUGUUGUGGCGGUGAGGAACUUCAUUACUGAGGACAGGAGUCUGCUCAGCUUCCACAAAGGAGACAUCAUCAGACUGCAGCACAUGGACGGGUUGGAGGCCGGCAAACAUUACGGCUGCAUAGUGAGGAAGAAGGUCAUGCUUCUGGAGGAGCUAAAGAGAGACACUCCUGAGUUUGGCUGGCGGUUCGGGGCUGUGUACGGAAAAUCGGGAGUGUUUCCCAGCGAGUACGUCCGUCCUGUGGCUGCUCCGGACUUCCUGGUACUUCCCGCUGAGCGCGUGGAGCCUCGAGACAGACAGGGACGAGUAGCAGCAUCUGCUGCUAUUGCCGUGGCGAUGGGCUCCGCUGUAGCUGCCCAUGAGCUCGACCUCUCCACACAGGUAGUAAAUGAGAUGUAUGGGGACAGUCUGAGUGUCCAACUGGACGACCUGCCUCUGCACAGCGGCCAGUACCACAUGGCUGAGUUUGCCAAGAAGUACUUCAGAGAGGCGCAGAGGAUCAAAAGUGAUCAGAAAGCAAAAAAGGGGAAGGAGGGCAGGGACCCUGUUGACAUGGUCAAAUUCUCCAAGUCUCCCAUCCAGGAGUCUUUAAUCGACUUCUCAGACAGCGGGAUGAACAGAGUGGCUGCUGACAUCUUCUUAGACAUAAUGAAGUUCAUGGGAGACUUCCCACUGAAAGGUCAGACUGAACAGGACCUGGUCACCUCUUUACUGAAGUUAAGUGGCGACCAUGGCCUGAUAAAGGAUGAAGCCUACUGCCAGGUGAUGAAGCAAGUUACCGCCAACACCAGCUCCAAACCGGACAGUUGUCAGAGAGGAUGGAGGCUGUUGUACAUCCUGACAGCUUUCCAUCGCUGCUCUGAUGUGAUGAAGCCAUUUCUGAUGAAGUUCCUGCAGGAUGCCUGCGACAGCCCCGGGAUGCAGUACCAAGGGAUUGCCAAGGCAUGUGAGCAGAAUCUGAGGAGGACUUUUCAAUAUGGCGGACGUAUACAGUUUCCCAACAGCAUGGAACUCAAAGCUAUGCUGGCUGGGCGGAGCUCCAAGAGACAGUUGUUCCUGCUGCCAGGUGGGAUCGAAAGGCACUUGAAAAUCAAGACGUGCUCUGUUGCUUUGGAUGUCAUCGAGGAGCUUUGCUAUGAGAUGGGACUACAGAGGGUGGAGGCUUUGGAUGAAUAUGCCAUCUUUUUGGUCACACACAAAGGUCAGAAUGUGCGUCCCCUGAACAAGCGCGAGUACAUCCUGGACAUUGCUACAGAGGCAGAGCCAGUGGAUGCCAACUACAGUCUAUGGUUCAGGAGAGUCAUAUGGAGUGUGGCCUUAAAACUUGACAACGAACUCUAUGUGACCAUGCACUAUAAUCAGGUGUUGCCAGACUACCUGAAGGCCUUGCUGAGUGUGGUUCCUCUGGGUAAGGCCAGUGACCAGCAUAUGAAGCAGAUCGCCAGACUGGCUGCCCUACAGCACCGUGCCAAGGACACCGUCUACCUGCCCACCCUCCGUGAGGUGCAGGAGUGUGUCCCUCCACAGUUCUACACCAAACAGGGUUCACAGCAUUGGCUCAAUAUGGCAACUCAACACGUGCAGCAGGUCCAGGCCUUAAACCCACACCAGGCUCGAGCACAGUUCCUUGGUCUGGUCAGUGCCUUCCCCAUGUUCGGCUCCUCCUUCUUCUACAUCCAGAGCUGUAGCUCCGCCUCCAUCCAUGCCCCGUGCAUCCUGGCCGUAAAUCUGAAUGGACUGCACUUUCUUAACAAGGAUACUCAUGAGGCCAUGGUGCGUUUCCCUCUAAAGGAGGUACAGUCAACUCGCACUCAGAGACCAACUUCAGGCUCCAGUUAUCCAUAUGUGGAGAUCAUGAUAGGAGACCUGCUCAACCAGCGCAUCACACAGCUACAGCUGGAGCAGGGCCUGGAGCUGUGCCGAGUCAUCGCCAUGCACAUGGAGAACAUGUUGUCAGUCAGAGAAAAGAGACUCACUUUGCCGCCAAGUGAAAUCACCCUGCUAUAACACUAACACAAACAGAGAAGUCCCACUGUAUGCCUUAUAAAUGUACUGUAUCUACCUCUAUUUUAAAAAUCAAAUAUUUUGAUACGUAAAGCUAAUGUUUCUGUAAUGUGACGAAUGUACGGUGAUGAUGUUGAUGACAUAGUUUAUGUAUUCAACCAAGGAUUGUCUUCUUCAUUAAUUGUUGGUCUAUAAAAUGUCAGAGAAGAGCAAAACCAUAAUUUCCCACAGCCAAAGUUGUCAUGUUUAAAUGGCUUGUUUAGUCCAACCAACAGUCCAAAGCCCAAAUAUAUUCAGUUUACUAUCAUAGAAGAGUAAGAAAACCAGCAUUUUAUAUUAAAUAUUCUCAUUUGAGAAGCUGGAACAAGUGACUUUUGGGGCAUUUACUUAAAAAAAGCAAAUAAUAGUAAAUUAUUAUACCCACAGCAUUAACAUAAAGUAGAAAUAGUUAUCUUUCCUGUAUGUCAGUACAGACACACACACACACACACACACACACACACACACACACACACACACACACACACACACACACA